AGGGCCGGCAGCGGAGCCAGCGAGCUGGCUGGAGGAGGGGGCGGCGAACUUCCAGGGAGAAGGGGCUCUUUCUGCGCCAGGGCUGGAGGAAGAGCUGCUGCCGCCGUGUGCUUCGACUCCCGGCAGCUGCUGGCUCCGCUCGCAGCGCUCGGAAAGUUGGGUCAGACCUGAACCCCUAAAAGCGGAACCGCCUCCCACCUUCGCGCCAGCCGCCCGCCGGGAGCUGAGUCGCCGGCGGCGGCGGCGGCGGCGGCGGCGGCGGACGGACCCGGGAGUUUCGUCUCGCACUGGAUGGAGCUGAACUUUGGGCGGCCAGAGCAGCGCGGCCGUCCGGGGAACGCUGUAUGCUGAGCUCCCCCGGAGAGACCCAGCGGCGGCUCGGGAUUUUUUGGGGGGCGGGGACCAGCUGCGCGCCGGCACCAUGUUCCUGGCGACCUUGUACUUCGCGCUGCCGCUCCUGGACCUGCUCCUGUCGGCGGAGGUGAGCGGCGGGGACCGCCUGGACUGUGUGAAAGCCAGCGAUCAGUGCCUGAAAGAGCAGAGCUGCAGCACCAAGUACCGCACGCUGAGGCAGUGCGUGGCGGGCAAGGAGACCAACUUCAGCCUGACAUCGGGCCUGGAGGCCAAGGACGAGUGCCGCAGUGCCAUGGAGGCCCUCAAGCAGAAGUCUCUCUACAACUGCCGCUGCAAGCGGGGUAUGAAGAAGGAGAAGAACUGCCUGCGCAUCUACUGGAGCAUGUACCAGAGCCUGCAGGGAAAUGAUCUGCUCGAAGAUUCCCCUUAUGAACCAGUUAACAGCAGAUUGUCUGAUAUAUUCCGGGUGGUCCCAUUCAUACCAGAUAUUUUCCAGCAAGUGGAGCACGUUCCCAAAGGGAACAACUGCCUGGACGCCGCCAAGGCCUGUAACCUCGACGACACCUGUAAGAAGUACAGGUCCGCGUACAUCACCCCGUGCACCACCAGCAUGUCCAACGAGGUCUGCAACCGGCGCAAGUGCCACAAGGCCCUGCGGCAGUUCUUCGACAAGGUUCCGGCCAAGCACAGCUACGGAAUGCUCUUCUGCUCCUGCCGGGACAUCGCGUGCACGGAGCGGAGGCGGCAGACCAUCGUGCCCGUGUGCUCCUACGAGGAGAGGGAGAAACCCAACUGCCUGACUUUGCAGGACUCGUGCAAGACGAAUUACAUCUGCAGAUCUCGCCUUGCGGAUUUUUUUACCAACUGCCAACCGGAGUCAAGGUCUGCCAGCAGCUGCCUAAAGGAAAACUAUGCUGACUGCCUCCUCGCCUACUCAGGGCUUAUUGGUACAGUCAUGACCCCCAACUACAUAGACUCCAGUAGCCUCAGCGUGGCCCCAUGGUGUGACUGCAACAACAGUGGGAAUGAUCUGGAAGAGUGCUUCAAAUUUUUGAACUUCUUCAAGGACAAUACAUGUCUCAAAAAUGCAAUUCAAGCCUUUGGCAAUGGCUCCGAUGUGACCGUGUGGCAGCCGGCCCUCCCGGUUCAGACCACCACUGCCACCACCACCACAGCCUUCCGGGUCAAGAACAAGCCCCUGGGACCUGCAGGGUCGGAGAAUGAGAUCCCCACUCAUGUUUUACCACCUUGUGCAAAUCUGCAGGCACAGAAGCUGAAAUCCAAUGUGUCGGGCAGCACGCACCUCUGUCUUUCUGAUCGUGAUUACGAAAAGAACGGCCUUGCUGGUGCUUCCAGCCACAUAACCACAAAAUCAAUGGCUGCUCCUCCAACGUGUGGUCUGAGCCCGCUGCUGGUUCUGGUGGUAACCGCCCUGUCCACCUUUUUGUCUUUAUCUUUGGCAGAAACAUCGUAGCUGCAUUAAAAAAAAAACAAAAAAAAAACAAUGCGGACAUGUAAAAAGACAAAAACCAAGCUAUCUGUUUCCUGUCUUCUUGUAUAUCUGAAAUUCCAGUUUUAGGAGCUCAGUUGAGACACUGGGAAAACAGUUUCAUUCAACUGGAACUUUUUCUUUCUUUCUCUCUUUUCUUUUUCCUUUCUUCCUUUUUUUUUUUUUUUUUUUUUUUAAGAAAUCUUGUGAACCUUAGGGCUUCUAUGGGAUACCUGACGCUGUGCUACAUUCCAAAUUCAAAAGGCUUUGGGGCAUGCUGUGUCGUAAAGGGGGAGUUUGUAAAGUUGGCUGUCUAACAAACUGGGCCCAUGUUUUACAUGAUGAUGUCGAUGACUUUAACAAUUUACCUCUGGCCGUUACUAGCAAGAGAAAGGAGUUAGUAUUACUAAAGAAUCUUCCAGAGUCACGUAAUGACUGGUUUCUAAUGACAUCAUUUUAGCCUAACAUGGGUGCAGGUUUUGGUGGGAUUUUUUUUUUUUUGUCACAAAGCAAAGAUCCUCAUCAAGGGGAUCUUGAUGGACUUUGUGCAAACCAGCUUGCAUCAAUGUUCACCUUUUCUAUAUGUACUAACAUUUUCCACAUUGUGUACUACAAACAGUUCUACACUCUCCUACCAAACAAAAGACACCUGUUGCAUCCAAACGUAGUGUCUGUCUUCUAGUCAGUGUGGCGGAGGGGAGUGGGGGGAGGCGAGUGUGCAUGAACGUUUGCAGUACCUUGAUCGUUGAACGACACUCUCCCAAGCCUUCCCUGAGCGAGAAGCCCUUUAACUAACAGGAGUCCAAUAUAGCCAAUAUGUCACUCUAAUACUCUUUACACGUAUGAAGUUAUAUGUAGGAAAAAAAUUUUACUACCAAAUGAUUUCAACUAUUGGCUUUCUAUAUUUUGAAAGUACUGAUACUGUCUUCAUUUUUUACUGAUGAUUUAAUACAAAAUACAGGGAGCUCGUUUCCCUCUCGUAAGUGGUGUUCGCUCCGAUGUUAACUUCACGAAGACAGCUCUUCAAAAGCAGACUGGGACGAGUCUGUGCUUUAGCAGAAAGCUCUGCACCCCGUUACUGCGGACAGGCAGGAGGAAACAGAACAGCCAGGUGUUGUCCUUUAUCAUUUCUUGACAUGCAAGCGUGCAUUCCCGUGAGGAAACUGGCGGCCAUUUGUCAAUGCCCUGCAAAAUCUGAUGGCACCUGUGACAGUUGACACAAUCCAGUACCUUGGUUUUCAUGUGACUUGACAGAGACUGGUUUGGCUGGGACGGAGGGCAGGGACCUGCUGCCCUCUCUUCUGAAGCAGAUCCUUGCCAGCCUACCCGGGUCUUUUCCUGAGGGUUGUCUUGACUCUCAAUGGUGAUGACCUCGCCGCUGGUUAGAGUGAUUUGGUCUGAAGGUCAUCAGGACGCUACUUGCAUCUUGUUAUGUUGUGUGUCCUCCAUGACAGACUCUGACAGACUGUGUGGGAAAGAAAGAAGGUUGUGGAUCAGGAGGACCAAUGAUAGGUCUGUGGAGAAGAGUUGGCUGGUAAAGAUAUAAGGAACAGGACUCUGGAUACAAGGCAUCUGGCUUGUUCACUGCACAUCAUCUUCCAUCAUUCUCAUCCUUAAACAAGUAGACCCUGAAGUGCACUUUCAAAGUCUGGUUGAUGGCGACAUUCCGAAUCUGCAAUGAUCGAGUGCUAGGAGCCAUGCUUCUCCAACACCGAGUAGAGAAGAGGAGAUUCCACCUGAAGAGAGUGCUGGGAGCAUUAUCUCUCCCACAUCAGUAGGGGGGCUGGAGGAGGAACUCAAGGUGCACAGUUCAUACUGAUCCCCUUUGCCCGCUGAUGUUUGCCUUGUAAGAAUUAAUCAAAUCACUGGGGUGGGAAAUCUGUUCGAUCCAAGAUAAAGGCAUAGUCUUUUAGCUCUUAUUGGUGUUUGAAGUACAUUUAUAUCCAAAUGUUAAUAAACAUAAAUGUAUAAUACCAAGUACUGAGUUUUUUCAGUUCAAACUGUUUUCAAGGGAAAUUCAUCAAACAGAUUUGAGUCGUGAAAGGUUUCAUAAAGACUGUGACUUUGAAUAAACACAUUAAAUGUGUCGAAAUAUUUGGAAUUCCAGUCAUCUAUGAAAGCAUAUCUCUUACAGAGAGUAUUUUGUUUUAAUUAAGGUAUCUUUGUGUAUCUACAUUGGACUAAUUGUAUAUGGGUCUGAUUCUAUGCGGUCUACUAUAGAAAGCUAUUGAUUACUUCUGCGGUGAACAGCAGCUGUAAUUAGCUUCAGAUGACCGAAGAGGAAGUGCGAGUUAUCAGAGCUAACAAGGGUAGCCUUCAGUGAAGAACACGGGGAUGUGCAACACAUAAAUUAAAUUUUGGAAAGCCUCAUCUAUCACCAACAAAGAUCUCAUUUUUCUUCACAGAGAGAAGCAUAUUAGAGUUACCAAAUUCUAAACUUGAAAAUACAUUGCUGAUUCAAUAAACAGGGGGGAGGAUGUUCAAUGACACCAUGUUAGAGAGAUUCUUACAAAAUGCUGCCGAGCAAGUGUUUCUGCUGUCCGGGGUGAUUCUCAGUUUAACACCGUGGACCUGAAACACCACCAUCAUUUGUCCCAGGACUAAAGCAGGCAAGUGACUCAAAUCUUUGACUUCCUUGUGCAGUGCUGAAAGCAAAAGUGAUUACUUCCUGUCCCUCUGUCCCUGCAAUUAGGGUAGCACCAAAUGCAAGGGCUGUCGGCUGAGGUUUGGGCCUCUUGCAGAAAGCAUCUCUUUGUCGUUGAUUUUGACCAAACAAAAAUAGUAACUUACGUCCGUGCAGACCACGCCUCUCACCUCGAGUCUAGCCACGCCCUGCUUAUUUAAGAGAACCCAAAAGGAGGGCGAUAUUGCCAAAUUGAUUGGAAGCACAUUCAUUCCACUGUGAUGUUGAAUAUCUUUGACCAAUGUAUGUUUGAGUGUAUGAGUGUAUGUUUAAUAGAGCACAUGAAGGAGAAAGCAGCGCACAAUAAAGAGAAGGAUUCAGAAUGCCA